CAGUCAAACGAAGACCUGCCCUGCGCCUUUAGACAUGCUAUCUUUCAUGGAGGUCGCCUCUCCCUACAUGGACGACGGGAAACUGAUGUCUUUUAUACCUGGACUCUGAUAUUUUUAUCUUAAAUGUACUCAGCAAAAGGGUUUGUUUUAACCUUGUGGCUAUGUCAAAAAUCGGUGAAACAAACAAUGGCUAUGUUAAAACCCUUAAACCCUUCACAGAAAAAGAAGCAGGUGGACAUCACUUUUUUCAUUUAUACAAGAGCCACGGGCACAGUCCGUGAGUUUGAAACGAAGGUAACCAAUGCCAACGAAAAUAAGUUUUAUAAACAGACAAAUCCAUCGCAUAAAUUACAUAAAAUUAUGGAUUCUUCUGGCUACAUAUCCCUCUUCCAGGAUUGCAUUGCGAAGAAAUCUUUCCCAGAGAUAAAAUUAACCCAUGCCCACUUAAAACAAACAGGUUUUAUCUCUGAUGCACAUUUACAGCAUACACUAAUCAAUGCUUACGUUAAGUUCAGAAAAAUGGAGGAUGCAUUUCAAGUGUUUGACGAAAUGCCCAACCGAAUGGUGCGCUCUUGGAACAUCAUGAUUGCAGCUUAUGCAAGGCAGGGGUUUGCGGAGAAAGCUUUGGCGCUCUUUCGUCUGAUGCAAGAUGCACGGUUCAGGCCAGAUCAGCAUACUUUUUCCACCAUUCUUGUGGCUUGUGCGAAAUUGAGAGACCUUGAGGAGGGUAUGAAGAUACAUGAUGAGGUAGUAGAAGGUGGCUUUUUGUCUGAUGUUUUUGUGGCCAAUGGACUUAUUGAUAUGUAUGCAAAAUGCGGCACUUUGGAGGCUGCACGCCAUGUGUUUAACCAAAUGCCUACACGAGAUGUGGUGUCCUGGACGAGCAUGAUUACGGGUUAUGCACAUAAUAGGUGGGGUGAGGAAGCUCUGGAGCUUUUCCGGCAGAUGAAGACGUCAGGUACGAAGCCAAAUUUGAAAACCUUUGCUAGCAUCUUGCCAGUGUGUGCCAACUUGGCAGCUCUGGAACAAGGAGUGGAGAUCCAUGAAGAGAUAAUAAAAAGUGGACUUCAAUGUGACGUAUUUGUGGAGAGCUCCCUUGUAGACAUGUAUGCAAAAUGUGGGAACAUAGAGAAAGCACGAGAUCUUUUUGACAAAAUGCAUAGGCAAGAUACUGUCUCCUGGACAGUGAUAAUAGGAGGGUGUGCACAGAACAAAAUGGAAGAGGAUGCUAUGAAACUUUUUCGACAGAUGAAGCUUGUGGGAGUGAAGCCUAUUGGAAAGACCUUCACCAAUGUUCUUCCAGCGUGUGCUAAUUUGGCAGUUCUAGAACAGGGUAUGGCAAUUCAUAACGAUAUAAUUAGGAGUGGGUUCGAGAAUGAUAUCUUUGUUGCAAAUGCUGUCAUAGACAUGUAUGCAAAAUGCGGGAGCAUAGGACAGGCACGUGAUGUUUUUGAUAAAAUGCACCAGAAAAAUGUUUCUUCUUGGACAGCAAUGAUAGCAGGUUAUGGAAUGCAUGGCUUUGGCAAGGAUGCUCUUCAUCUCUUUGAACUAAUGGAAUAUUCAGGCAUGCACGCAGACAGUGUUACCUUAGUCUGUGUUUUGGCUGCAUGCUGCCAUUCUGGUCUAGUAGAGGAAGGUCAACGAUACUUUGAUUGCAUGAUUAAAAUUUAUAACAUAGAACCUGGAAUGACACACUACAGCUGCAUGGUUGAUCUUCUUGGUCGUGCUGGACGAGUAGAUGAAGCAAAACAAUUAAUUGAUACAAUGCCAAUAACCCCUGAUGCUAAUGUGUGGAAGUGUUUGCUUAGUGCAUGUAGAACCCAUAACCAUAUUAAGCUAGGAGAAUGUGCUGCACAACAGCUUUUUGUGUUGGAUUCUAAUAAUUCUGCACCAUAUGUGCUUCUUGUGAACAUGUAUGCUGCAGUUGGAAGGUGGAGUGACAUUGCAAAGAUCAGGAAAAUGAUGAGAGAUAGAGGUGUGAAAAAGACACCUGGGUGCAGUUGGAUUGAAGUAAAUAAACGAGUACACACUUUUUUGGUUGGAGACAAGUCACACCCACAAACAGAGCAAAUAUAUGCGAAACUGGAAAAAUUGGCUUGUGAGAUGAAAUCUGCAGGGUAUGUUCCCAAUACAUGUUUUGUUCUGAAUGAUGGACAACAGCCGGAGGAUAGUUUAUGGCCUGAAUGAGAAGUUUGUGACUUGGUCAACAUGACACAUCCCUGCCAUGGUUCUUUGAAUUAAUGAGGAGCAUUCAAGCAGUUGGUGAUUGCCCUUCUGCAACCAACUUUAUCAACAAGGCUGUUACAAAAACAUUUACCGAAAACGAUGACAUAUUUCUCCACUCUUUUUCCAGUCUCCACCUUCUGAAAACUCUAAAACAGGGCAUCAAAAUUCAUGAGGAAAUAAUCAAAGUCGAUUUUUUACAUGUCUUUAAAAUGAAUGCUAUUGCAGGUAUAUUUGAGGCAGCCAGAAUGCAGACAAUAUGUUUGACAAAAAUUCCAAAUGAGACGUGGUCUCUCAGACAACCAUGGUUUUGGUAGCCAUAUCAUGAGAUGGAAGAAGACGCCUUAAAGAUUUUGCAGCAAACGAAACUGGUAGGUAUGAAUAUAAACAUGACCUGUAAGUUACUAUUGUC